AUGUACUGGCCUACCUCGACAGCCCGGAUCCUCUCACCGACUCUUACCCUCCCACCCGAAUCCCCAGAUCCGAUCAUCUACUCCUCUCUCAACGCCCGCAAGACCCUCUUUCUCACUCUUACCGCCAGCUCAAUAUCAAUCUGGCGCGUCCGGCCAAGUGUCGUCCUCGCCGAACUCCGCCGCUCGAAAGCAGAAGUCGACCUGCACGGACCUGCAACCUGGGCCGACUGGUCACCCGACGGAACGCGAAUCGUGCUCCAGACGAGCGACUCGCAUCUGAUCCUCCUCUCUCUGCUGUACGGCCAUGCACCGCCGGCAUAUAGGAUGCCGGACCUCCCAAGGUCGGGGAUGAAGCAUUUUGCUCCUGCGCCGGGGGAGGGGGGGCCGAUACAGAGCGUGGAGAUUGGGAUUGAAGGAGUUGUGAAGCUUGAAGGAGGCUUGUUGUGUGCGGCUAUUACAAAUAGCAGGAUAUUCUUCUCCACGCUCAGCCCGCCGAGUGUGCAGUCGAUCCCUUUCCCCAGCCCGCCGAAGGAAGGGGAAGGGGAAGGGGAGGGAAAGGGAGAGAAUGAACUGGAGGUGGCGGAGAGGCAUGAGGUGUGGCUGUUGGAGGAUAUGCCGUGGUUGGAGAGAGAGGUUUUGGAAGUGGAUGUUAAGGGCCAUCCGGGGGAGCUUGUGGGUGUGGAUCAUGGGGAUGACGUUCGGGAAGAGCACGCCGAAGAGGAACUGGAAGAGCAUGCGGAGGAGGAGCUGGAAGAGCACGCUGAGGAGCUGGAAGAACAUGCCCCGGAGGCAGGGGACGAAGGCGCUGAACUACACGCGAAUGGGAACGGCGUACAGUAUUCUCCGCACGAGGGAGAAGAGACACAAGCCGAAGCAGAGGAAGCGCCCGAGGAUAUGCACGAAACGGACGAAAGCACACUCACAGUCGUCAAGAUGUACUAUUGGCGGCGGCAGAAGGUAUGGGGAUGGAUCAUGAGUGACGGCAGCGCAUAUUAUGUUCGAAUGGGCGAGAACGCCAAAUCCCGACAUUCGCAAGAGACAGAAUCCGAAGCCUACACAUCCUUCCAAGGCAUCCGCAUCCCCCUUCCCCCUUUUGUCAACACCCCCCUCACCCCGGCCAACACCGUACACGAAAUAACGACCCUCGCGCCCAACUUCAAGUUCUCAACGCUGUUCGUCGGCACCUCUACGGGCAAGCUCUUCCUCCUCCCUCUCCCGCCUUCGGCCAACCCCAGCCCGAACUAUUUCGCACACGUCAGGCAGCUGAGUAGGGAAAGCCUGGCCGUGAAGGGCCGGAUCAAAUGCGCGGAUUGGACGGGAGAUGGGUAUGCCGUUGCCGUAGGAUGGGAAGGGGGAUGGGGAGUCUGGAGCGUGGGUGGGAGGGAGCUGGGAGGCGCCGGAGCGGUGAAGGGCGUCGAUACGAAGGAUAGAUAUAUUUCGGGUGUGGAUCAUCUGUUUUGGUCUAUGGGCAACACGGAGCUGUUCACGUUCGCCCUGCCGGGUCCGGAUUCACCGGCCGACCAGAUAUUCGUAGUCCCCUUUAUUAAAUCUGCCCUGACGGGUCAGCAAGCUCCUGAAAACGCACGAUACGCAUUCCUGCACAUGGACGACAGGGUGCUCGUCUACCGCGGAGCCGACCAGCCAGACAUGAGCGUCAUCAACCCCGAAAGUGAUGUCUGGCAGCACAUCAAGAUCCCCCCUUCGUACCUCUCCACCAACUGGCCGAUCCGCUAUGCCUCCAUCAGCGCUGAUGGGCGGCUAAUUGCUGUGGCUGGUCGGCGGGGCUUGGUGCAUUAUAGUUCUGCCUCUGGACGGUGGAAGAUGUUUGUGGACGAGGGACAAGAACAGGCAUUCAUAGUCCGUGGAGGGAUGAUAUGGUUCCAUCAUGUACUUGUCGCUGCGACCGAGGGGGAGAACUCAUUCCAGGUACGGUUAUACUCCCGUGAUACCGAUCUCUCGAACUACAAUGUCCUCCAUGUGGAGGAGUUCCUGUCCCCGAUCCUGAACCUCUCGCUGAUCGACAACUCCCUCCUGGUGUAUACGGCAGACAACAACCUGUUCCACUUCCUGAUCGUCCCGACGCGGGAUACGAUCCAGCUGCAUCUAUGUGGUAGUAUCAGCUUUAAUGGGGUUAUCAACACUCCUCAUGCCGUACGAGGUAUGAGCUGGAUGAUCCCACCGGUGCAGAAACAGCUCGGCGACCCGACAGAUGAUCUCAUCGUCGCUACCGUUAUCAUGCUGAUCGGGGGGAAGCUCGUCCUCCUCCGACCGCGAAAAGCCGGCUCCGACGAAGUGCGAUACGACAUGCAGAUACUUGCUGACUGUGUCGAGUUCUGCUGGACACAGUUACGUGGCGUGGGUGCUCUGGAGAACUCACUAUGGGCGUUUGAUGGGUGUGGCCUGAGGGUGUGGCUCGAUGCGCUCACCAUCGAAGCGGUAGAGGUGGAUGACGAGAAGGACGCGUAUGAGAGCGUGAAGGAGAGCGUGCAUGUGCCGCUGGACUCGUAUCCUGUUUCUGUCUUGACGGAUAAAGGGGUUAUCAUCGGUGUCGAACCGGAGUUUACCAUCCGUGAGAGUCUGCCAUUCGCAAUGUACAAGAUCGUCACGACUAGCCAUCUGUUCAUCCAGCAUGUCCUUCGGUUCCAUCUCGAAGAAGGCCAAUUAGAAGACGCAGUCAACUUUGGUGCAUACUUCGAGAGCCUCGUGUACUUCUCACACGCACUCGAGAUCUUAUUACACGAUGUCUUGGAAGACGAAGUGAGCGGUAGGCUGAGGAAUGGACAAGUUCACCAUGCGGAAGAAGACGAGGACGAUACCGGACCGCUCUUAUCCCGGGUCGUCGAGUUCCUCGACUACUUCGACGAUGCCUUGGAGGUCGUUGUGGGCGUGGCGAGGAAAACGGAGAUGGCACGUUGGCAGACUCUGUUCAACACUGUCGGCAAUCCACGCACGCUCUUCGAGAAAUGCUUAUCCUCCAACCGGCUGCAAACGGCCGCGUCCUACCUCCUGGUCCUGCACAACCUAGAACAACUAGACGAAAGCCACGACGACGUUAUCCGGUUGCUCAAAGCUGCCGUAGCGGCAAAAGCCGACUCCCUGUGUGCCGAAGUCCUCCGUUUCCUACGCUCGAUAGACGAGACCGGCGCUUCGCUGCUGCAAGCGGCGCGGGAAGCUGGCCUGCUAGACGACAGCGGUACGCGCACGCCUGCCGAGGCCCAGACCCAGGUGGCAGUCGCCCGUUCCCCGCCGGAGAUGGUACCGGCGAAGAUGGACCCUGUGCCGGAGGCGGCGAAGCGCAGGACGCAGAGUGUUGGGCUUGGGUUUUUGCCUGGGACGUUUGGGGAGGAGGUGAGGGAGAGCCCGGAGCAGGUGAGAGAGAGCCCGGAGCAGGCGAGCGAGGGGCUGCCUGAGGUGGAGCAAGUGCAGGUGCAGGAAACGUCGGAUAAUGUCACGGCUGCGCGAACUCAGGAGCCGUAA